AUGGAUACACGGGACGUCUCUUCAGCCACCGGGGUGCACGCUGUAGAACUCUGUGUAUACUCAGUUCUCUCUAACAAUCUAGACGGUAUAUACCAAUCUGUCAACGACUUGAGGGAGUCUCAAGCGUUACUUCUGAUCAAACUGCGUCAAGUGAAAAACUCGUUGAAGGAGGAGCAAGACUUCUACAAUGAGCAGGACGGACUGCGAGAUGAGAUUGCUCGCUUGAAAGGUCUCAAACUGCGAGUAGAAGCGCUACUCGAAACUUACAAAUCGCUGUCUGAUGCUUGUUUAUAA